GCACAUCUGUGUUUCCUCCACUUUACAAUUUGCUUCACUGUUAGCUCAAGUGUGUGUCAGUUAAUUUACUCUUGUUAGUUUUGAUCAGCUGUCGGCUCUGAGUUUCCUGGAUAGUUUUCUUUCCUGUGUUGCUUUUUGUCAAUUUUUCCAGCCAUGAAUUGGUUGAAGUGGUUGUGGUACCACAGAAACUUCAUCAUCAUUGUUGUCACUCCGCUUGCACUCCUUCCUCUACCUCUCAUCAUCCCUACAUCGGAGGCCAGAUGUGGUUAUGCCAUCAUCCUCAUGGCUCUGUACUGGUGUACAGAGUGUAUGCCCCUGGCUGUGACUGCCCUACUGCCAGUCAUCCUCUUCCCCAUGAUGGGCAUCAUGAAGGCUGGAGAGGUCAGCAUUGAGUACCUGAAAGACUCUAACAUGCUGUUCAUCGGUGGCCUGUUGGUGGCCAUCGCAGUGGAGCAGUGGAACCUUCAUAAGCGCAUCGCUCUCCGAGUUCUGCUGCUGGUUGGCGUUCGUCCGGCCCUGUUAAUGAUGGGCUUCAUGAUCGUCUCAUCCUUGCUGUCCAUGUGGAUCAGCAACACAGCUACCACAGCCAUGAUGCUGCCCAUUGCCCAGGCUGUGCUGCAGCAGCUGAAAGCCACAGAGGCCCAGGCAGACGAACGAGAUUUUCAGGCUACAGCCGAGGACAACGAAGCAUUUGAGCUCGAGAUUGGUCAAACUAAACAGGAAAUAAAGUCUGAGAAACAGCCAGACACCAAGGCUCAGCUGGAGGACAACGUGUAUGAACAUGAGUGGAGUCCAGAGUCACUGCAGGAGUCCAAGAGAAGAGCGAUGGACAUGAAGUACGAGCACCUGACCAAAGGGAUGAGUCUGAGCGUGUGUUACUCUGCCAGCAUCGGAGGCACGGCCACGCUCACCGGCACGACCCCUAACAUCAUUCUUAAGGGUCAAGUCGACAAGCUCUUCCCUGGAAACGGUGAUGUGAUCAACUUUGCCAGCUGGUUUGGCUUUGCUUUCCCCAACAUGGUGCUCAUGCUGGUGUUGACCUUCGUCUGGCUUCACUUUAUGUUCCUGGGCAUCAACCUGAGGCAGUCGUUUGGCUGCGGCUCAAGAACCGACAGAGAUAAGGAGGCGUACACGGUGAUGAGGCAGGAGUACAAGAAACUGGGGCCCAUGAGGUUUUGUGAGGUGGCCGUGCUCAGUGUCUUCGUCCUGCUGGUGGUCCUGUGGUUCACCAGGGAGCCGGGCUUCAUAGACGGCUGGGCAACAGUGCUCUUCAAUAAGGAGGGAGCGUUUGUGUCAGAUGGAACCGUCGCUAUCUUAAUAUCAAUGCUCUUCUUCGUCAUCCCAUCCGAAAUCCCAAAGUGUGGAGGUUACGGUACUGACGACGAAGGUAAGACGGUGAACACUCCCACUACUUUGCUGAACUGGCAGGUGGUCCAUGAGCGAAUGCCCUGGAACAUCAUCCUGCUGCUCGGAGGAGGCUUCGCUUUGGCUGCUGGCAGCGAGGAGUCAGGUCUGUCCACGUGGCUGGGAGAGAGCUUGGCACCUCUGGAGAAAAUCCCCCCCUUCGCCAUCUCGCUGCUCCUCAGCCUGCUGGUGGCGACAUUCACAGAGUGCUCCAGUAACACGGCCACCACCACCCUGUUCCUGCCCAUACUGGCCUCAAUGGCCGUAGCUAUAAAGAUACACCCGCUGUACGUGAUGCUGCCCUGCACCAUCGCUGCCUCUCUGGCCUUCAUGCUGCCUGUGGCCACGCCACCCAACGCCAUCGCCUUCUCUUUUGGAAAACUCAAAGUCAUGGACAUGGUGAAGGCUGGCUUCAUGCUGAACAUCAUUGGGAUUUUGACCGUUAAUUUGGGCAUCAACACUUGGGGAUACGCCAUGUUUAACAUGGGCACAAUGCCUGAUUGGGUCAACAUUACAAAUAGCCAACCUUGAUUGAAGGGAGGGCACAGAGAGAGGUGGAGAAAGGUGUUUUUAAAGUGUCUUCAGAUCUUAAAAAAUGCCCUAUAAAUUAGCCAAAAAUAUUCACAACUUAAUAAACAAGGUUUUUAAAAAAGGAGAGUAAAAAGAUUACCCAUAUUAAAACACCACAUAUUCUGUAUCAAACAAACCAGUAUAGAUUAUAAAACCAGACCUUGGUGAAAACCAAAGACAUCGAUUUACAACCAAACUGAGAUAAGCGUGAUUAGCUAUCACAUUAUAAGCUUCAUCAUUAGACAGACACUGCCCUGUUAAGUGUUCAGUACUUCCUUGUGUCACUCCAGUGACAUAACAAAACAAAAAAAAUGAAGUGUCCGUUAGAAACACAAAACCCGAGGUCACUUCCUGGUACACGUUUCCCUAAAUGUGACGUCAUCUUGUGGAUCUGUUUAUCACUCACAAAUGAUGCCUGUUUGAGUGAUUAUUUAAAAUGUGAUUAUUCUGAGUGAUGUUUACACCAGAUAUGUAAA